UCAGUUUGUGGAAAGCUUUUACAGUAACUGUCUGGAGAAACCGAGGAGCGCAGCCAUGAAGCCAAAAAUGAACCUGAUGGAUGUUUGGAGAAAGAACCGUUCUGCUCACCCAAGCAGAGCUAAGAAAACCAAACAAAAACUAUCGCCUCAUCAACUGGCGCAGCUGAGAGACCCCGAAGUGGUGGCAGCCCUCGUCCAGCAGAAUGUCAAGAUGGCGCGUCUGCUCCCUCCCACAGGCACCGAUGUGUUUCGGCCCCUCACUCUGGAGUCGCUCGCUGAGAUUGAUCGGCGGAUGGCAGAGGAAGCCGCCGAGCAGGAGCGCAUGAAGGAGCAGAAUGUCAAGGUGGCCGAGGAGGAUCUGCCCAAACCCACCAGUGAUCUGGAAGCUGGAAAAGUCCUGCCGUUCAUCUAUGGAGACCCUCCACCAAAUCUCCUUAAUGUUCCUAUUGAAGAGUUGGAUCCGUACUACAAAGCACAAAAAACGUUCAUCGUGAUAGACAAAAAGAACACGAUAUACAGAUUCAACACUGAACCUGCCUGUUACUGUCUGAGUCCCUUCAACCCUGUUCGACGAGCCGCCAUAAGAAUACUCAUACAUUCAUUGUUUAGCUUAGUCAUCAUGCUAACCAUCCUGACAAACUGUGUGUUCAUGGCAAUGAGCGACCCUCCAGGCUGGAGCAAAAUACUAGAGUACGUUUUCACUGCCAUCUACACCUUUGAGGCACUGGUAAAGGUUCUGUCCAGAGGUUUCUGCAUUGGCGAUUUCACAUUCCUACGAGACCCGUGGAACUGGCUGGAUUUCAUGGUCAUCAGCAUGGCGUACCUCACAGAGUUUGUGGACUUGGGGAAUAUAUCCGCUUUGAGGACUUUCCGUGUUCUCCGUGCCCUGAAAACAAUCACUGUAAUUCCAGGUCUAAAAACCAUUGUUGGAGCCCUGAUUCAGUCGGUGAAGAAACUGGCGGAUGUGAUGAUCCUUACCGUCUUCUGUCUCAGUGUGUUUGCUCUCAUUGGCCUGCAACUGUUCAUGGGAAAUUUGCGGCAAAAGUGUGUCUUGUGGCCUCCGGUUGGCUGGAACACUGACAACCUGACCAUGCUCUCCAAUUACACAGACAUCAAUGGCAAUAGAACUGCCAACAGCACUUUUGACUACCAGAAAUAUAUUGAGAGUGAAGAAAAUUACUACUAUGUGCCAGGCCACGUGGAUCCUUUAGUUUGUGGGAACAGUUCUGACGCAGGGUUGUGUCCUGAGGGUUACAUAUGCCUGAAAGCUGGCCGAAAUCCUAAUUAUGGCUACACUAGUUAUGACAACUUUGGAUGGGCUUUCUUAGCUCUUUUCCGGCUCAUGACUCAAGAUUUCUGGGAGAACUUGUUCCAAUUGACUCUCCGUGCAGCAGGGAAGACGUACAUGAUCUUCUUUGUGGUCAUCAUCUUCUUGGGUUCGUUUUACCUCAUCAAUCUGAUUCUUGCUGUGGUGGCCAUGGCCUAUGCUGAACAAAAUGAAGCUACCGCUGCAGAAGCUAAAGAGAAGGAGGAAGAGUAUGCAAAAAUCAUGGAGCAGCUCAGGAAACAAGCUGAGCAGAAGAAUGGAAUGGUAAAUGGCAGCAAGACAUCCCUAUCCAGCAAAAAGAAAGGCGAUGAUGACCAAAUGCAAAGCGACUAUGAUGGAAUUGCAUUGAAACCUCUCUCAAAAUCGAAUGGAUCCAAAGGCAACAUGAAUUACUUGGAAGUUCCUGACUCGCAGAUAAGAAAACCAAGUGCGGUGAGCGCUGUGGAGAGUACUUUAGAUGCACUGGAGGAUGCUGAAAGGCCGUGUCCUCCCGGCUGGUACAAGUUUGCUAAUAUAUUCCUGAAAUGGGAUUGCUGUGUACCAUGGGUGAAGUUCAAAAGGAUCGUCUACUUAUUUGUAAUGGACCCUUUUGUUGAUCUGGGCAUCACCAUCUGCAUUGUACUCAACACUGUGUUCAUGGCUAUGGAGCACUAUCCUAUGUCUGUACAGUUUGAAGAAAUGUUGGCAAUAGGAAACCUGGUUUUCACGGGUAUCUUCGCAGCAGAGAUGGUGCUAAAACUCAUUGCGCUGGACCCGUAUUAUUACUUCCAGGUUGGCUGGAACAUUUUUGACAGUAUAAUUGUGACCAUGAGUCUGGUGGAGUUGGUGUUAGCUGAUGUUGAGGGCUUGUCUGUGCUGAGGUCCUUCCGUCUGAUGCGUGUGUUCAAGCUGGCAAAGUCCUGGCCAACCCUAAGCAUGCUGAUAAAGAUUAUCGGCAAUUCUGUGGGCGCCCUUGGGAAUCUGACCCUCGUCCUGGCCAUUAUCGUCUUCAUCUUUGCCGUGGUGGGGAUGCAGCUUUUCGGAAAAAGCUACACGGAUGCUGUGUGUAAGAUCUCGGAGAGUUGCGAGCUCCCUCGCUGGCACAUGGCAGAUUUCUUUCAUGCCUUCCUCAUCAUCUUUCGUGUUUUGUGCGGCGAGUGGAUCGAAACUAUGUGGGACUGCAUGGAGGUGGCUGGUCAAGGAAUGUGCAUCAUCGUCUUCAUGAUGGUCAUGGUUAUAGGAAACCUAGUGGUGUUGAAUCUGUUCCUGGCUUUGCUGCUCAGCUCCUUCAGUGGGGACAACCUGUCAGCAUCUGAUGAUGACGGGGAGAACAACCUGCAGAUUGCCAUUUCCAGAAUCACCAGAGGCAUCGACUGGAUAAAAGCCUUCACUAUGAGACACGUGAGACGAUGUCUGAAUCUGAAGCCAAAGGAAGAGGGUGCAAAAGUAAAUGGAGAGGGCGAAGCUAAAAUGAAUGCCAUCAUGAAUUCCAGUUCCUCCAUGAUCAAAGUGCCUAUAGCCAAUGGGGAAUCAGAUGAUGAUGAUGGAAACGGCUCUUCUGAGGAAGAAGACAAUGAGGGCGGUGAUGUAAAUACGAAAAAGAAAAAUGGAGAUGAAUCGUCCACCUGCAGUACAGUGGACAAACCUCCUGAGGUAGAGGAGGUGGUGGAAGAGGAAGAGGAGGAUCUCACUAGCCCUGAGGACUGCUACACUGAGAACUGCAUCAGGCGAUGUCCUUGCUUGGAUCUUGACGUUAGCCAAGGUAAAGGGAAAGCAUGGUGGAACUUCCGAAAAACCUGCUUCGCCAUUGUGGAGCACAGCUAUUUCGAGACCUUCAUCAUCUUCAUGAUUCUCCUUAGCAGCGGAGCUUUGGCUUUUGAGGACAUUUACAUUGAACAGCGGAGAAUGAUUAAAAUCAUCCUUGAAUAUGCAGACCAGGUCUUCACCUAUGUGUUUGUGGUUGAGAUGCUUCUGAAGUGGGUGGCCUAUGGUUUCAAGGUCUACUUCACAAACGCUUGGUGUUGGCUUGACUUUCUCAUCGUUGACGUAUCCUUGAUUAGUCUGACUGCGAACAUCUUGGGCUACUCUGAAUUGGGGGCCAUAAAGUCUCUGAGGACUUUGAGGGCACUGAGGCCUCUUCGAGCUCUUUCCAGGUUUGAAGGAAUGAGGGUGGUGGUGAACGCCCUGGUGGGUGCAAUUCCUUCCAUCUUUAACGUUCUCCUGGUGUGCCUGAUCUUUUGGCUCAUCUUCAGCAUCAUGGGAGUCAACCUUUUUGCUGGAAAGUUCUACUACUGCUUCAAUGAAACAUCUGAAGAGUACUUCGAUUACAAUGUGGUCAACAACAAGACUCAAUGCUUGGAGCUUGCAGAGGUUUAUCCCGAUGUGCGAUGGAAGAACGCAAUGAUCAAUUUUGAUAAUGUGGGCAUGGGCUACCUCUCCUUACUGCAAGUGGCAACAUUUAAAGGAUGGAUGGACAUCAUGUAUAGUGCCGUGGAUUCCCGUUCUAUUGAAAUGCAGCCAGCCUAUGAGACAAACCUCUACAUGUACCUUUACUUUGUCAUCUUCAUCAUUUUUGGCUCUUUCUUCACCCUCAAUCUGUUCAUCGGCGUAAUCAUUGACAAUUUCAACCAACAAAAGGCAAAGAUAAGAGGAACUGAUAUCUUCAUGACAGAAGAGCAGAAGAAAUACUACAAUGCCAUGAAGAAACUUGGAUCUAAAAAACCCCAAAAACCAAUUCCAAGGCCCACGAACUGCUGCCAAGGUUUGGUAUUCGACUUUGUCACGCAGCAGUUCUUCGAUAUUUUCAUUAUGGUGAUGAUCUGCCUGAACAUGGUGACCAUGAUGGUGGAAACUGAUGACCAAAGUCCUGAGAUGGAGGAGAUACUGUUCUUUAUCAACUUCGCCUUCAUCGUACUCUUCACCGGGGAGUGUGUUCUCAAGAUCACCGCACUGCGCUAUCACUACUUCUCCAUUGGGUGGAACAUUUUUGAUUUUGUGGUGGUCAUUCUUUCGAUAUUAGGUAUUGUGCUGGCAGACCUCAUCGAGAAGUACUUUGUGUCCCCUACCCUGUUUCGUGUUAUCCGAUUGGCCAGAAUCGGCCGCGUCCUGAGGCUUAUUCGGGGUGCGAAGGGAAUCAGAACCUUAUUGUUUGCGCUGAUGAUGUCACUUCCUGCCCUCUUCAACAUCGGCCUCCUUCUGUUCCUAAUCAUGUUCAUUUUCUCCAUAUUCGGCAUGUCCAACUUUGCGUACGUGAAAAAAGAAGCCGGCAUUGACGACAUGAUGAAUUUCGAGACCUUCGGGAACAGUAUCAUAUGCAUGUUCAUGAUCACUACAUCCGCCGGCUGGGAUGGACUGCUGUUGCCUAUUCUCAACUCCCCACCAGACUGCGAUCCGGAUGCGGAUAACCCAGGAUCGACUACCCGAGGAAACUGUGGGAACGCAGCGGUGGGCAUCGUGUUCUUCUGCAGCUACAUCGUCAUGUCCUUUCUUGUCGUGGUCAACAUGUACAUAGCCAUUAUCCUGGAAAACUUCAACGUAGCGACGGAAGAAAGCAGCGACCCCUUGUGCGAGGAUGACUUUGAGAUGUUUUAUGAAACUUGGGAGAAAUUCGACCCCACCGCCUCUCAGUUCAUUGAUUACAAUAGACUGUCAGAAUUCUGCGAUACCCUAAAAGACCCUUUGAGAAUUCCCAAACCGAACACCCUCAAGCUGAUUACAAUGGAUCUUCCCAUGGUUACGGGUGAUAAGAUCCACUGUCUUGACCUCCUGCUGGCACUCACAGCAGAAGUGCUGGGCGGUUCUGACCAGAUGGAUGGCAUGAAAGCAACUAUGGAGGAAAAGUUCAUGGCGAACAACCCUUCCAAGGCCUCCUACGAGCCCAUUACCAGCACUCUCAAACGAAAACAAGAAGAAGUGGCUGCUACUACCAUUCAAAGAGCCUAUCGCUCGCACAUCCUCAAACGCUGCGUCAAACAGGCCUCAUAUAUGUACAGAGACAAGACGGGCUCAAAGAAACCAGCAGGAGACGCUCCAGAGAAAGUGGGCAUGAUUGCUGAGAACAUGAGGAAUCUUUAUGGAGAUCAGGCCAUUGAGGACGACCAAUCUGUGGGUUUCUCAUUCUCUCAACAUGGGAAAACACAGUUUGGAGCUAAACGUCCUCCAGUGAAGGUUCAGAGCGAUGUGGUCUUGCAUUCUGCCCCUUUUCCUGUUCCCGAAUCCUCAGCCGCUGCAGACAACUUGAGGGAGUCCAUUGUGUAGUAGGUUCAAGAUGUUACGUAACUCAAUCUAGAGGAAGCCCAAUUAUCAUGAGAGUUCAUUGGCACAGAACAGUCAGUAAUGAACGAAAUUCACAGCGGUGAUCGUUUGAAUUUUAUUCUAAAAUAUUGGUACAAUCGAUGGCUCCUCUCAGUGUUGCUCUUGAGAAGACAAUCUGAUUGUUUGUGGAAUGGCAAUGCAAAUGAUUGGGCUCCUGGUGCAUCAAGAUGCACAGAACCUGACAUGACAAAAGAUUAAUUGGUAGUACAGUUUGUACAAUUGUUAGUUACUAUUAGUACACAGUAAUGAUUACUAAUCAUUCACAACUAACUAAGAGGUAUAACAUGAGGUAAAAGCGUAUGACUUGUCAUGACACCUGGCAUAGGCUUAGCCUAAAAUAAGCCCUGUUUUCAGAGUAUAUUUCAUGUUUUGUAGGAGCUUACUUUAUUGAAUUUAAUAUGACUUUAAAAAUUCAGUAUAGUGUUCAUAAUAAUAGUAUUGCUCAGAUUUUGCACUAACCUUUUUUUUAACACUGGCUAAAUCAGCUACUGAUGAAAAUGGAAUUAUUAGUCUUAAGAGUGCACUGUAAAACAUGUAAUAUUAUCUAUGUUUCUAUACAUACUUUACUAAAAGGCUUUCAGAUUCACUCUGAUAAUAUUUUAAAUUUCAUUUACAAAAAAUUCUAGUAGGCCCAAAGACAAAACCAUUGAAAUGAUAGAUUUUUAUCUAUUCUAAAAUAAAGGAAUAGUCAAGUUUAACCCAUAAUAUAAAAUAUGAAAUGUUAGCUUGCUUAAAAUGCUGUAAAUGUGGAUUCUGUCAUUUCUUAAUAGUCUAAUGAGCCAUUUAUGUGUAAAGAAGGGAGUGUACUUGUCAGUUAUUAAUUGCAAGUAUAUGUAGUCUGUGAAAUCCUUGCGUUAUUAGAUUUAUUUUCUUUACUUUUAGUUGUCAUUUAUUAUGAGCCAGAUGUGCAACUGGGUCCUGAAUGUCAGUUUCUUCAGCCUAGUUAUGUAGUGAUAAUGGAUAAGGUCUAUAGAUGGUCAUCUAUGCAAAGGAGUCUAUAUGAAUGGCUGUAUUAGGGACAGAAGUAAAAAAGAAAACAAAUAAAUGAGCUGUCUUGGGAUACUGUAUUCAACUUUUAUAAGCAUACUGUGUAUGAUAUUGACAUAAAUGUGCCUAGACCGCAAGCAUCCCUGACAUGUUUUUACAGUAUUUGUACUCAUCCAGCAUUUACAGUCACUCAUACAUUUAAUAAACUUUUAACAGCCUUUAUACAGCAUUUUAUUUAUUUACUUUGUUUCUUGGUAUUUUUUAUUAGCUUGUCUUUUCAUAUUAUUUUUUAAUUAACUUGGUGAGACAUUUUGUAUGUUUGAGGAUAACUUUUAAUUAAACAAGCACUACUAGUAUUGUAGCCAGUCUAAUUAAGCCCAGUUUGAUAAAGUAAAUCGGUUGCUUUCAGAAUUCUUUCACUAUUUUAUAUUUCUUUGUGAAAUGCAAACCAACUCAAACCAAGGGUGAUGAGCAGGGAGAAGGACAAUUAGAAGCACUGAGGACAAAUGCAACAGCCCGUAAUUCAGUUAUUGUAAUAAUAAUGUGACAGCAAUUAAAAUAAACAUGCAUGUCAAAUAACUUUCAUAGUUUUUUGCAGAAUAGCUGAAUGCAAGGUAUUUAGGAAAGUCAAAUGUUUUUCAUUUAUCACUUCUUUACUAAACAAAGAUAGUAAGAUAAGAUGAUGAUGAUAAUGAUGAUAGCAUAUUAAUGCGGUUCUUGGGAUUUGCAAUGAUAAAAAUCUUGCUAAUUACAUUUUUUUUAAUUCUAAUAAAUAAAACUAAGUUAUUAUCAUUUUUAGAUGGUACUACCAUCACUAACACUAUUUAGUUUUGAAUGUAUGAACACGUCAUUAUCUGUCACUUGGUAAAUGCAUGUUAUGGACAACAACAUUUUUCAAAUACUGAAGCAUUUGUACAUUUUAUUGUGUAACUUUUCUCUGUUUACAUGACUGAAUAAACUUGUUUUUUGAAAAA